AUUAGCGGGCCUGCAGCCUGCAGGUAACGAACCCUGGGCCCAAACAAAGCCUCAUGAACUGUAUUCCACGUGCUUAGUGGCUGCGCUGACACGCGUUGCUUUUUGAUUGCGCAGUACAUUACAUCACGGAUUGGUGACAUGUAACUAUACAGGCCGUAGAGCUGGGUUAAUUAAUCUAAUCUGUUUAUAGAUCAGGAAAUUCGACGCGGAUCGCCAGCGUGGCGGGUAAUUUAUAAACGAACUCGUUCCCUAACCCAGCUCAGUUACUUUCCCCCAUCAAUCUCCCAAAAAAGCAAAAAUCCCCCAAAUCCGAUUUAGCAGCCAUUUCCGACCCAUUUUCUCUCCAUUUUCAAAUUCCGCUUCCUUGAUUCUUCUCCCUGCUCGUGAUACACAUCAAUGGAUUCCGUAACGAGGUCAGAAACUACGGCGGCGACACCGAAGGGCGCCGGCGGGAGACGAGGAGGAGGCAAUCGGAAGAAGGCGGUUUCCAAAUCGGCGAGGGCCGGGCUCCAGUUCCCCGUCGGCCGUGUUUUCCGGUUCCUGAAGAAAGGCCGUUACGCCCAGAGGUACGGCGCUGGAUCUCCGAUCUACCUCGCUGCCGUUCUCGAGUAUCUCGCCGCUGAGGUUCUGGAACUGGCUGGGAAUGCAGCGAGGGACAACAAGAAGAACAGGAUAAAUCCGAGGCACCUUCUUUUGGCGGUGAGGAACGACGAGGAGCUGGGGAAGCUGCUGCAAGGAGUCACCAUUGCUAGUGGAGGUGUUCUUCCCAACAUCAAUCCAGUCCUCCUGCCCAAGAAGAAGAUCUCCGAAAGUUCCUCUGCAUCGGAGCCGAAAUCCCCAAAGAAGAAGGGCGCUUCAAAAGCUGAAUGAAAAUCCGUAGUUAGAUUUUGUUCCCGUGUAACUGAAUGAACGAUCGAUUGUAGUAGUUAAAAUUGUCAGCCAUGGCAGUGAAAAUUGCUGUAGCACUAGUUGUUAGGUCAUAUAGAUCAAUUAGUUACUCUCUUCUUGUAUGUUAAAGUUCAUAAUCGGAAAAUCAUCCCUUUGUUGAGUCCUCUUCUUGUUCAUUCUGAAUUGCGUUUCAUCGUGGGCUGAAAAAGAUGGCCUGAUGCUUAAUCCCGUGGGCCACGCAAGGGGCCCAAAAUGCAAAAAAGUGUUGUGUUGUCU